AUGGACUCUGAAAGUAAUGAAGAGCGAAUUAUAUUCGACACUGCAGUGGAUUAUACAAAAGUCGAGGCGAUCAAUCAACGACGUCAAACUGAACAUAUAAAUCAAUUUUUACUCAAUACAGUUCACUUUUUUAAUACCUUCAGUGCGCAAGUUGAAAAUAAAUUUCAGAAACUUGAAACUAACUUACAACGGAUCGAUGCUGAUUUUGCAAUUCUGGAUUCUAAACUUCGUUCAACUCCUGGAUAUCAAGCACUAGAUCUCGCUGAUAUUGUAACCCCAACAACAUCGACGUCUACUCCACAACAAACAGCUAUUUCAAAUCCACCUCCUGCACCACCGCCACAAUCGACUGGCGGGCCACCUCCACCUCCACCUCCGCCACCAUCAACCGGUGGACCACCACCGCCUCCUCCUCCUCCACCACCACCACCUGAACCAGAAAAAGUCGAAGAUCCUCGAACAGAAAAAUAUCGAAAAAUGUUGCUUGUGCGUAUACCGCGUGAUGCUGUUCGACAUAAAAUGAUGGGCGAUGGGUUUGACCAAGCUACGAUCGAAUCAGUGAUCGGUCCAGAUUCAAAUGUGCAAUGA